AUGGUCGAGCACUGCAAGCGCCUCCGCGUGCAAUACCGCACCCAACACCGCCAAUCCUGGACCCUCCUCAAAAACCUCGGCAAGCUCAACGGCGGCUUGAAUGCAGGCAUCGCAAAAGUAUCCUGCAGCAACCCCUCCGCACGCGGCAUGGUCUUCAUCGAAAAGCGCUUUGGGGCUCAAGAAUUCAGGUAUAGAGUUGCUCAUCGCGAAAUUCAGCUGCUGCACCAAAUAAGCGAUCAUAUGAACAUCGUCACGAUGGUGGAUCAUUUCCUCGACGAAAGAGCGCUGCGGGCGGCCGUGUACCUCGAGUACUGUGAUCUGGGGAGUCUGGAUGCGGUAGUGUAUCAUGUCGCCAAGGGAAGACGUGUGCAUGAGCGCAAGGUUUGGAGCUGGUUUUUCCAGCUGUGCGGCGCGCUGACGUAUUGUCAUUGGGGACCGGAGCCAGGAAAGAGCGAUGAUGAGAUUUUUCAGUCGGGAUGGAGUAGGGUUUAUCAUCGGGAUAUCAAGCCGGGGAAUGUGCUGUUGACGAAAGAGGGGGGACAGAUAGUGGUGAAGCUGGCGGAUUUUGGAUGUGGAGUCUCUGAGGACCAUCUUGCGCAGGCGGGGAGCGAACAGCAGGCUAUAAGGCAGCAGGUGGGAACACCAGGUUUCGAUGCACCAGAGUAUCCGGUCUUUGGCGGGGCGUCGGAUGUUUGGCAGCUGGGCGUUACGAUGAUGUGUCUGUGUACCGGAACCAUGUCUCCGAAGAGCAGAAUGAAUCCUGGUGGUCAGUUAUGGGAUACAUGGAGACCGGCAGGAGACAACUACUCGAGCAGGCUCAAUUCGAAGAUCAAGCUGUGCCUAGAGACGCUUCCCUGGCAGCGAUCUACCUCCUAUCAAAUUUUGCAAGCAUUGGACCAAGCAAGUGUGACAGAAAUGUCAACGUUGUCCAAGGAUAAGCGUCCAUUGGCGCUUUACGAGCCAUACGACCGAGAGAGUUCUCCAGCGAGAAAUCAUAUACCAGCGCUUGAGUCUGGGCCCGAAUGGCCAGUAUUUCUGGCACAAGGCAGAAGGCACAAAUGGAAUCAGAUGAAUGCGCCGGCCCUCUCAUUCUUUUGA